UAAAAUCCCAACUAAAAUGGCCGCUAAGAAAGGAGACAGAAAUAGUAUGUCUGCUCUCUUCUAGCGUUCAAAGCUGCCGAGCGCGGAGUUCACAUGCCAUACGUAGUUUGCGCAUGUGUACGAUAUUCUCUGCCUCAUGCUGCUUGCUGCUUGCGUCUCAAUCUGGUGUCACUGCCUCCUGAUGCACGUGUAAUGUGCAUACGGUCGUGUUAUUUUGACGUUUCUGCAACUCCAAUAAUGUGAUAAAAUUUUCUAAGCUGAUAAAUUUGUUUUUAAACUUGAAGUCAUUUUCCGUAAUUUUUUACCGGCUCAAAAAUGAGUACUAUUUUGGAAAAAAUUGCCUCCAUCGAGGCUGAGAUGGCCCGUACCCAGAAGAACAAGGCAACUUCUGGACAUUUGGGUCUGUUAAAAGCAAAACUAGCUAAGCUCAGGCGUGAGUUAAUCACUCCAAAGGGUGGCGGCGGGGGUGGUGAACAGGGUUUUGAAGUUGCCAAAACCGGUGAUGCUCGUAUUGGUUUUGUCGGUUUUCCAUCUGUUGGAAAAUCCACAUUGUUGAGUACACUUGCUGGUGUAUAUUCUGAAGUAGCUGAAUACGAGUUUACAACGCUCACAACUGUCCCUGGUUGCAUAAAAUAUAAAGGUGCAAAGAUACAGUUAUUAGAUCUUCCAGGUAUUAUAGAGGGUGCGAAGGAUGGCAAGGGACGUGGACGACAAGUUAUUGCUGUGGCACGAACGUGCAGUUUGAUCUUCAUUGUUCUUGAUGUGCUCAAACCACUUGGACAUAAACGAUUGAUUGAGCAUGAAUUGGAAGGCUUUGGUCUAAGAUUAAACAAGCAACCACCAAAUAUAACUUUUAAAAAGAAAGACAAGGGUGGUAUUAAUCUACAGACCAUUUGUCCGCAAUCCGAACUCGACUACGACGCAGUAAAGAUGAUCUUAUCAGAGUAUAAAAUUAGCAAUGCUGACAUCACACUAAGGUACGACGCCACGUCUGAUGAUCUGAUCGACGUUAUAGAAGGGAAUCGCGUUUAUGUUCCAUGCAUUUAUCUUUUGAAUAAAAUAGAUCAAAUAAGUAUAGAGGAACUAGAUAUUAUUUAUAAAAUUCCACAUUGCGUGCCAAUCUCAGCCCAUCACAAAUGGAACUUUGAUGACCUGCUGGAAAAGAUGUGGAACUAUUUGCAGCUUGUUAGAAUCUAUACCAAACCGAAGGGACAACUUCCGGACUACACUACACCUGUAGUACUAAAUACUGAAAAACGAACUGUUGAAGACUUCUGUAACAAGCUUCAUAGAUCAAUUGCGAAAGAAUUUAAAUAUGCGUUGGUAUGGGGUUCAUCGGUGAAACAUCAGCCGCAAAAAGUAGGAAAGGAUCAUCUUCUCUGCGAUGAGGAUGUUGUGCAGAUUGUGAAAAAAGUGUGAACUGCUUUGUACAGUUGUUUCUCGGCAGAACAAAUACUAACUUCACUAAUGAGAUUAAUAAUAGCAAAUUUAUGAAGUUUCCAUUUUAAUUAAUUAUGGUCGUAUUAUAUGUACGCAUAAUAUCAUGUUUGGCCGAUACAAAGCGCAAAUGAAGUGAUGGAUUAUGUCUAAUCUUUGCAACAUUGUAGGUAUCUGGUUUUAUAUGUGAAAUUGUGUAUAAAAUAUCCCUAGAAGUCUAUAUUUUAUACUUGUCACUUGAGCUUUUUUGUGAAUGAAUACAUAACAUAAAAUAUAAA